ACUGGCACCGGAUAAGAGUGCCGUGGGGUGGGUCAACCAUUGGUCAGAGGCACUGUGACCUAACCCGCGUGCCGCAGCCGCCUCCUCUCCUCCUCGAUUCUUCUGCUGCCGCAGCCACCCCCCUCUCCUCUCCCCCAAUUCUCCCACCACCGCCGCCGCCUCUCGUCUCAUCCAUGUAGCCAGGGCCUAGACGUCAUCGGCUCAGUCCGCGGCGGUAUGGAUGAGGAGGCGAGAGCUUCAGAGGCAGGGGCGAGGAAGCAGAGAGUCCUUCCCGAGGGCGCCCCAACCUGCCAGAUCUUCCAACUCAUUGGCCCAGGCAAGGUAAAAAUGUUGGAUCCGGCGGUGGCUGGAAUCCCUUAUCGCCGAAGGAUGGCGUGCAUGACGUAUGACCAGAAAAUCAAUAGGCAGAUGGAGCAGGACGGGGUGACGAUUCCCGUUUGGCGGCGUUCGCGUGUUUUGGCUAGCGGCCUGCACUUCCUUCUUCCCCUGAUAUUCAAGAAAGAAGAUAGUGCGACAAGGCUAAAGGGCUACUAUGCUCAGUUUUCACAUCCUUCCCAGGUUUCACAAAAACAUAAACAUGCUUGGAUGUGUGUCCUUGCUGGCGACCUCGCUGUCUCCAACCCCUCCGUCUGGACAGGUAGCUUGCUAUCCUCUCAUCGUGUCUAUUGGUGCAGUAUCUCAUAUCCUCUCUCAAAGAGAUGAGAUAAGGAUUAAAGGACUACCAACUGAGUUCUACAGCUCACCUCACCAAUAAUGGAAGACAUCCUCACCUCACCUAUAAUGGAAGACAUCCCGACUCAUUGUUUUGCAUGCUAGAUAACAACAACUAUCACGUUGGUGAUUUCCCUGAUAUCUCGUUCUACAAGUGUGUCAUAUGGACCAAUGAAAGAAAAUAUAUUUUGGAGAUAAUAACUAUAUGGGCUACUCCAAAUGGUCUGACAGUGGAACCAACUUUUAUAGGCCCUCAAGUACCUGUGGAAGUCUACCAUGCAAGCAUUAUCCGACGAUGACACUGCUUUUUCGUACAUAUCAUCUUAAGACCAUGGUCAGACUAAGAAGAUGCCUAAAUAAGCCAUGAGGCUGCCUAUAUAUAAGUGUUUUUCUAUAAACUGAUCUAAGUCAUUCUACUAUCUGUAAACCAAUUUAAGUUAUUCUACUAUUUGUAAACUAGUCUAAGUCAUUGUAUUAUCUGCAAUACAAUCCACAUUGCAUUAUCUUUCAUUCUA